CAUAUCCUAGUUUAUAAACAUAGUAAAUACGUAUAGGUGUAUAUGGAUCUUUUAUCAGACGGACAUAUUUCCCUAGUAUUUCAUACAGCGCCCACAGCUAGGACUACAAGGUUUGGUGAAAAUGGCUAAUAAUAUGGAAAGUGAAAAUAUUCAGCAGCCAACCCUGGCUAAACACGAUUCAAGCGUAUUAGAUUUAGCUUUUGCUAUGGACUGUACAGGAAGCAUGAGUUCUUACAUUAAAACCGGUCAAGAAAAUAUUAGAAAUAUUGUUGAACAAAUUGUGGCCUCUGAGAAAAGUAACAUUCAUUUAGCUUUAGUAGAAUAUCGUGACCACCCACCGGAGGACAGUACUUUCGUGACCAGAACUCAUGACUUUACUUCUUCCGUUAAGACUAUGAAAGGCUGGUUAGACGCGUGUUCAGCUCAAGGUGGGGGUGAUACACCAGAGGCUGUAGCAGACGCUCUUCAUGAUGUUUUAAAGUUAUCUUGGAGAUCUGAAGCAACUAAAAUAUGUGUUUUUAUUUCUGAUGCCCCACCUCAUGGACUUGGCGCACAAUGUAGCGAUAACUUUUCUGACGGGUGUCCAAAUAAUUUGGACCCAAUGACAAUCGUGAGAAGUAUGGCAGAAAAGGGGAUAACCCUAUAUACUGUUGGCUGUGAACCAAGCAUCACACCAUAUAAAGAAUUCUUUGCUGCUCUGGCGUAUUUAACAGGAGGACAAUAUGUUCCUCUUGCAGGAGCUAAAGCACUGACCCAAGUUAUCAUCGGAGGAGCUCAAGAAGAAAUUUCUCUUGAACGAUGGAUGGAGGAAGUUAACCAACAAGUCAUAGCUGAGAUGAACGAAAAGGGUGAAGCUAAUGUUACUGAAGACGAACUUUGUUCGAGGGUACAUAGCCACCUUCAGAGCAAAGGAGCUAAAUCAAAGCAAUUGCAUCGUAACAUGGGCAAGCUACAAGAAGCGAGCACAUUCGCCAAGAAGGUUUCGGCUUACUCUAAUAUGAGUGACGUGAAAUCUGCUUAUGGCGAGACAUUGGCAGCAGCACCUACGCCGACACCUCCCUCAUCAAGGUCAAGAGGGAUAUUUGCCAGAUCAUCUGCCCCACCACCCCCACCUAUGAGUAUGGCCAUGGCACCUAGUGCUAUGGACGGUAUAUCAGCUAGUGAAGAAUGUUACAAUGUAGAGGAGGAUGAAGUACAGAUGGAACAAGCCAGACGAAUGGUACAAAAGUCUAAAAUGAGAAAUAACUUUAACUUCAAAUAACUUUAACUUCAAAUAACUUUUAUCAUCUAUAUCACAUGAAUUAGUAGCAACUCUGGACUGAUCACUGUUUACCGAUUUAUUGAUUAGUUACCCUAUAAUUAUACAGGGACUAAACUGGUUGAUACUUUUUUUUUUUCUUAUGUUGAAAUCAUAAAUAGGUGUGAACAGGUACAUAUGUGAUGAAGUUUUGUACUGUAUUCUAUUAUAGCAAACCAUGUUUUAACAAAGUGGCAUUCCCAAUACAAUGUUAUCUUGUACAUUGUAUUCAUAAUAUAAGACAUAUUUUCGCUCUGCAUUAUCUCGCCAUUUUAUUUCAUAUUUUGUACUCAUUUAUGUUACAUUCUAUUUUAAAUUAAUAUCACGUUAUGAAUUUAUUAGGACUAAAUGCGUAAUAUUUAUUGUUGUUUACAUUUUUGUAUUCUUUUGUUUUACUUGGUAAUAAAUAAUGUUU